AUGCGUUUCUCCAUCGCCACCGCUUUCUCCGCCCUCGUGGCUCUUUCUGUUGCCUACACUACUCCCGACUACACCAAGGACCCCAGCGGCAAUGCCAUCUCCUCCCCUGGUCUGAACGAGAUCGUCCCCGAGGGCAAGACCUACACCAUCAAGUGGACCCCCACCACCGUUGGCCCCAUCUCCCUGGUCCUCCUGCGCGGUCCCUCCACCAACGUCGUUCCCCUCAAGACUCUCGCCGAGUCCAUCCCCAACAGCGGCGAGUUCAAGUGGACUCCUGGCUCCGACCUUACGGCCGACACCACCCACUACGGUCUCCUCCUCGUUGUCGAGGGUACCGGCCAGUACCAGUACUCCACCCAGUUCGGUAUCUCCGCCGCUGCCGGCUCCGUUUCCAUUUCCAGCUCCUCCUCCACCGUCGAGGCCACCGAGACCGAGACCAGCGCCGCUGCCUCCGCCCCCGCUGCCUCUUCUACCGUCAUCGAGAGCACCGUGAUCACCACCACCAUCUGCCCUGAGACUGAGACCACCGCUGCUGCCAUCACCUCCGUCCCCAAGGUCAUUCCCACCGGUGUCUCCCCCGUCAGCGCCGCCUCCAGCACCCCCCUGAGCUCCGUCCGUCUCACCACCAGCGCCAUCCCCACUGGUACCGCCUCUGCUUCUCCUUCGGCCUCCUCCCCUGUUUUCAACAGCGCUGGCCGCAACGCUGCCAGCUUCGGUGUCGUCAUGGCCGGUGUCCUCGCCGCUUUCGCCCUCUAA